AAUCUAAACAUAAUGAGGAUUUUCUUUUUACGUCAAGAAAAUUUCGUUGCCUUAUAUCUCGCCUCUUUUCCACCCUCUUCCAACAUGGCCACUUCGGUGGACGUCAUGGUGGACGUCGACGAUACAAGCUGGAUGCAAGAGCUGGAGAGCGCUCUCCUUUCAGAAUGCGACCUGAAUACCCUGCGCCAGGUUUCCAAGAUGAAGCCAGUUCCGGAAUGCUUUCGGGCGUAUGUUUGGAAGAUAAGCUUGGGCGUCAAAGGUAAAGAACUUGGCGAUUGGGAUGAGAUUUAUGACCUCUCAGAGCAGUCACUGAUUAGAAAAGACUGUCAGACACUUGUUGACAGGUUUGGCAACGAUGAAGAGGAGAAGGUGUCUGUAUUAUGUGACCUUGAGUCUGUGCUGACUCGGUUUUGCAAGACAACUGGCCUCCACUAUGAGAGCAGCAAUGGCUGGAUGGAGGUGCUGGAACCCCUCAUUGCACUACAUCUGUCAAAAGAAGAGCUGUACAUCUGCUUCCAUGCCCUGAUCACCACCUAUGUCCCUAGGCACUGCAUGAAAGAUGGAGCCCCUUUUCACCUUUUGCGACUGCUGCUGUUGUACCAUGACCCCGAGCUGUGCUCGUUUCUCGACACCAUGAAGAUCACCCCAGACUGCUAUGCCCUGCCUUGGUUUCGAAGCCUUUUCUCAUCCACUUGCGACCUGAAGGUGAUCCAGAACAUGUGGGACAUCUACCUUCAGCUGGCUGACCCAUUCCUUCUGUUUUCUCUCAGCCUUGUGCUCUUGGCAAACACCAAAGAAGAAAUUAUGUCCAGGAAAGGUGACAGCAAAGCUGCAAUCAUAGAACUCAUAUCGUCUGCUCCAUGUGCCUUAGAAGCGGAAGACAUUGAAGAUUUCUGCUCACUUGCCCAGUUUUACUCAACGAGGACUCCCCUGUCUUUUAGUCGGGAACACCAUGCCAUUAUAUUUGGCUCAGAAGAGUGUGUGGACAGGGACCUUCCCCAGGCAUUGUGCCUACCCGUGUGUGUCUCGGAGCUUGUCACUACGAACAAGCUAGACAGGCAUACAUUGGUGCGCUACUUUGUGGUGGACUGCCGGCCUGCUGACCAGUAUAACAGUGGACACCUCAAAACAGCAUUCCAUCUAGAUGCCAGCUUGAUGUUGCAGGAGCCACGUGCCUUUGAGACGGCUGUGCAAGCACUGUUUGCGGCCCAGAAGCAGGCCAUGGAGGCCAACUCGGUGGCAAGUGGUGAGCACCUCUGCUUCAUGGGCAGCGGUCGUGAGGAGGAAGACCAGUAUGUGCACAUGGUGAUUUCAAGCUUCCUCCAGAAGCAUCUGCAGUACGUCAGCCUCGUCCGGGGUGGAUACAAAGCACUUCACGAUUUCAUCUCUGAAGACCUGGACUCGUAUCUUGCCGACCACAGUCCUCGGCUAUGCAUUGUCUGUUCCUCCUCCAGCGCCAGCUCUACAAAUGGCAUGGAUGAUGAUGACGUCUCUUUCCUCGCUAAAGUGCAACAGGUCACAACUGUGUUCAAGAGCAGAGCCAGCGACAUGAAGGGAAAGCUCGUGGAUUACAUCACAAAUCCACAGCAACCACCUGUUGAAAGGCAUGUGAGCAGCUCUGACAAACUGGGCAAGCGUUACCGCGGCAUGGCACCAGUCUUUAGCAUUGACGAUGAGCAUGAUGAUUUUGGUGGUCAUGGUGACCUAGAUGUGUCGGUACAAGAAGAGGAAAGCAUUAGCACAUGGGUGAAAAAGCCUGAAGUUCUUGGGCAUUUCAAGUGUGAAGAAAUCAAAGAGAAUGGUCAUCUCUACCCUAGUCACUUGCUAGUGACGGAUACUCACCUCUACCUGCUACGCGAGCUCAGCCACAAGAAAGGAACCGCUCGGGUGGUGUCCCAGCGGCCCCUGCUUUCGGUGCUCAAGAUCACCAGCAAGAAGCAGCACCCCGAGCUGAUCACCUUCAAGUACGGCCUCAACGACAAUGCCACGGGCACCUUCACGGUCGUCGCAAUGGAGCGCCUACUGAUCCCCAAAGCCAAGGAAGCCACACAGCUCGUCAAGGCCCAGAUCACCAAGCUGCUUGAGGAGACCGAUGCUAGGUAAUGGGAUCACUGUGACCAUUUGAGGUCAGCAUAAAUGGGAUCAAGCAAAAACAGCCAGCAGUCCACCACGAGCCAAAUGCUGCACCAUGGCGAGAUUGUGAUGGUGCAACACUGCGAGCACAUUUUUCUUUUACAGCAAUGACACAUUAUAUUGACGUCUUAACUGGCUCUUUUUUCUUGAGCCUAAACCUACUUGCAUCCUGUAGAAAUGUUUCCUUUAUGCCUGCUUGAGAGUGCGCUUUGACGUAACUGGACAAAAUGCAUACUAACAGCUACUUGUUAGUUGCUUUCUUUUGUACUGGAAAUGUGUUCAUAGUUGGCAAAUUGUAGAUCAUUGAAAAUGUGGCAGAAAGAUUGUUGCGCAACUUGUUUUGUGUACGUGAAACUUGCAGAUUUUGCAACAGGAGCUCAUAUGGUGUGUUCUUCAAAAUGGAUUGCACUCGUUUUGUUGCACAAUGAUCAUUAAUGUAGAACAAAGCACAUUUGCUUUGUCUUUUAGGUUCGACAGUAAAUAUUUUUUGGCAAUAUUUUUUUUUGUUAACUUUAGCCAGCAUGAUUGUCUCACUCACGCUGUAGAGUCCUAGUACAGAGAGGCAUAUGUUUAGUACCUACACAUCUGGUGAUAGUAAAUCUACUGGUGGCAUCAUUGGACUGGGAGUCAAUGAAAUUACACAGAGUGCAUUGAAAUGCAAAUUAGCGGCACAUUUUAUAUGCAGUAUUCAAGUAGGAGCUGCCAAAUGUAGUUUUCAGCCUGAACUGCAAAAUCAGAAUACCUAGGUAUAUACUUGCCAGCUUUCCUGCAGUACUUCUGGAAAUACAGCAUGAAUUUUUUUUAUUUACAUAUUUUAGGGCAAUUUACACCAUUCUUUGCUUGAAAUAUGGCAAGAACUGAAUUAGUCUCCUACACACCACUGACCACAGAAAAGUACUAGGUAGUUAUAUUGCCAGUAAAUGUUCUACCCCUAACACAUAAUGACAAAUAUUUGGACAAUUUAUUUAAAGCACUUAAUCCUGCUUUGAUAGCAUCAUUUCAAUUAUGUAAUAAGUAUAGUGACAAUCAUGAACCCAUUUGUAAGCUUGUCUUAUUUUCACUUUUAAGGGACCGUAGCAAGCAGUGUCCUAAUUAGUGCUUGUAAUACACGACGCUGCAAAGCAAUCAUAAAAUAAAGAGGUUCACCUCCCCCCCCCCUUUUUUUUUCUAGCUUUACAGGCCUGUAUCUUUGAAGUUAGAUGGAAGGACUGAUCUUUCUGUGUGCGGUUUUACAGUAAAGAAAGAAAGGGGAUGGCGCAUGAAGGACAUUAUGUAGGAACACGCACAAUACAUGUAGUAAGAGGACACUAAUCGUGACUUCAACUCAUCAUUGCAGAGCCCUCUGGCAAUGCUGCAUAUGUUCUGUAAAGCCACUGAUCAUUACUGCCAGUGUAAGCAGUACUGGUGGUGAUAGUGAGGCCUAAUUAUGGCUACUAGAGCCCACUUGUGCUCGGUAACACAAUUUGAGUGUGACAUUACCCAAGCUUUGUAGCAUGGCGGUAGUGCUGUGAAAUGACUAGUUGAAAGUGUUGUUACCAUUACGCCCUCUGAAUUGCUGUGAGCUCACGUGAAUGCCUGCUCGGAAAGUACUAGGAACAGUGGCAGUACAUGCAGUUUAUAGUACCCAUGUGCAACAGUCUGGAGAGGGGCGUUCUUCAGCCUUGAUGAAAAGGUCUGUGAGGAAGUCAAGGAACUGGAAGUCUUUUUCAUUUACUACAUUAGCUGUUACGGGCUCUUCAGAAUUACUUGUAAAUCUUGACGUUGUACUGUGUUUAAUGAAAUCCACGACAGGUUGAACUCCCCUCCAUUGAACAGCUGCCUUCGUUCUUGGUGUCGCAAGUUUUCCUGUGACAGAUAAGCAUUGCGACACAAAUUAUAUUGUUGAUUGCAGUGUCUACAGUCGACGAAAAUGAGUGUUAUAGCAGCAGGUAUCGUAUUUAUAUUCUUGGUUUAUUGAGCAGUACUUUUAGAAAGAGAAAAGUGCUUGCGAUACUUCUUGUGGGUUCUGUUCUAUGAGGCUUCCUGCUCGUCUGUCAUACAUUGUGCAUAUAAAGCAAACUAUCUCUGCCAUUUCAUCACCUUUUUGUGCAGAAUUGAAACUUAUUCCGAGAUGGUGCUGUUCCCCUUUCUUCCACUUGUUCUACAUAACUCUAUCCUCUUCAAUGUUGAAGCAGGUCAUUGAAAACAAAUGGCAGUGUUGUUCCGUAUGCACAGAGUUAAAUAGGCACAAGAUCUGUGAAUGAUGUCGCAUACUUUAUCUUUAACAGAUUUCACUGCAGAUUGUUAAUGGGAUUCCAUGUAACCUAGAUUUAGGAUGCAUUAGUGUGGUUGCUGUGAUUCGGGGCCUAUGCUGUUUCAUUGUGCCAACUGUCAGGAUUCCAAAUUGCAGCCGGAUUUGAGACAUGACUAAUUGGUAAUCCAAAUUGCAGCUGUGUACUCCAGAAGAUUCACUUUAGCAGACUAACCCUAUCGGAAAGGCUAUGAAAUGCAAUCUUUAGGGGUGUCCGAAUAUUCUAAACUUUCGAUUAAUAAAUUGAAUACUCCCCUAUUCGUUUCUGUCCUCGAAUUGAAUAGUUGCUAUAUGAAAACAGGAGUAUUUUUCUAAUAGUUCUAAAAUAUUUCAUGUCGUCAACGGUGCAUGAUCAAACGUGAAAUUGAAGCAAAAAUACGAUGACUUUUAUCCCUUGAACAGCAGAUGUAAUGUACCAGAGCAUGCUGUCUCUCAGGGAGCCGGGCUUUAUUGGUAAAAAACCACGAUCAAUAUUAAAAAAAAUUUGUUUCGACGUAGCAUUAGGCAAUGGGUAUUAUUUUACUACACAUAGAUGCAGCACAUGUGUCCUCCUGUCGUAUUAAAUAUGAAGGCAUUUCAUUGCAGCAUACUUGAUACAAUAGUGGCACUAUGCAGCUGCUGCGACCAUUGGAAAUAGAGAAAAUAAGGCCUCUUUUCUUUCGCUCGCUCUUCCAUCGCCACAGAUGACCCACAUUUCUGGUGUGGGCGCGGAGGCAUACACAAAUGUUAUUUGCGCGGCAAGGCUGCGUUUCUAAACUUAGUCUGAUAAUGCAUGACCGCUUGUGCUCAGAAGAGUGCCGAGUUUGUGAGCAAACUUUUUAGUUAAUCUUAAGGCUCCCUUUGUGCAUUUAAAAUGGAGCAUGGAUUUUAAUGUGCCGUGUAAUGACAGAAACUUUCUAGUGUGAUGAAAACCUCGAUGUGAGAAUUGUUUGAUAUUGCUGGUAAUAAGGCUGUAUAUUACUCAAACUAUUGCGAAAACUAUUCGAUUUGAUUUGUUUCUGGCGCUAUGCGGUUUGUAUUCAAUUCGUUCUCAAAAACUACUAUUUGCAUACCCCUAACAAGUUUUCAAAACCUGAGCACACUCUAAGAACAGUUUACACCCUUUGGCGUGCCCCUUCUGCCACACAACAAUAAUCGUCAUCUGCCUUGAUGCGUUUCCUUUCUUUAACGCUGCGAGCCUGGUACUUUCCAGCGUUAUCAGCAUGAUAGCAUUGCCGACAGGAAAUGCUAUCAUGCUGAUAAUGCGCAUGCCGUUCUUUACUGGAAAGUACCGGGCUCGCAGCGUUAAAGAAAGGAAACACAUCAAGGCAGAUGACGAUUAUUGUGUGGCAGAAGGGGCACUCCAAAGGGUGUAAACUAUUCUUAGGUGCAGGAUGUUGUAAUAUGUUCGAGGGUUUUCAAUUAAUAUGUAUUGCCAAAUCAAUUGUGGAAAUGAACCUAAUAUGAAUUGAGAUAUAAGGACUGCAAUGUUUACUUCCCCAGUCCCCCAUCUUUUUUUUUUUUUUUUACUCAAAGUCGUGCGCACAGGCCUUGCGCAAAGGUGCCUAAGAGCAACAAAUGAGAGGCUACACGUCUACAGGUUUGAAUUGAGAUCCCUUCAAGUUCGUCGCAAAGGAAGUCUUAUUGCAAUUAAGGUGUAUCAUUGUAAACAAAUCAGAUCAGGUAAAUGAAGGCUCUGUGUUUUAUUUAUGUGUUUCUAACAUUUGCCAAGCACAGAAGCUGGCAUGCUGUAAACCAUAUCGUCCAGGCCUAUUCUUUUUUAACAAGUUGCUUAUUGUUUAUACCACCCUAUGGUUUCACUUUCUUCCACAAGCUUUUUGUCUAAAGCCCAUUAAAGGGGCCUUGAACCACUUUUUAUCGAAGUGCAGAAAGACAUUUGAAGUGAAGAUAGGCUAUUUCAGAACCACUUUGCCAGAAAAAGUACUUCAAUGCAUUCAGCAGAAACGGAGUUAUCGGCAAUCAAACAUGGCCUCAGCUGUGCACCCUUUCCUCCUCCAAUACCUUGCACUGCGAAGGCUACGGCAGAGACGUCGCAGCUGCGUGCAGUUCAACUUUCUGAUUUGGUGCCUAUGCCGUGCUAAACAAAAGCCAAACGCGGGUGUCCUCGUAGAGCCACAGUGCGCUUCGCCACUGGACUCGUGGUGGCACCUCGCUGCGGCCGCGGUGUAGCCGAGCGCAGCGACCAAUAGCAGCCGCGCAUUGGAGUGUGCUUUAUGACGAAAUAAAGCGAGGAGCAUGGGGUUUUCGAAAAGAGAGCAUUUGAGAAAAAGGUGACUUCGCUCUCCGCUUGCGAGCUUCACGGACCGCGUACUCACAGCAGAACUUGGCUGAGAUGUUCACAACAGCGUAUGCAUCCCGCAGACUAUGUUAUUUCACCAAGCCCGAGGGGUGGUUCAGGGCCCCUUUAAGCGAAAUUUCUUUGUACAUUAUGAUUCUGCAGCAUGUGGUUGACAAAGCACAAGUUACUACUAGACAAACUAAGUUUUGUGUAUAUUCAUGUAAUAUUGUCAGUGCCGUAGUUGCUGUAAUGUGUACAUGUGGUGAUCUUAAGAAGCCAGUUAUCUCGCUACUGCUGCUGCAUUAUGCACCAUGUUCCUUCAUUUUCAUGCAAAAGCUAUUAUUUAUGUCUGUAGCAAUUCUUUGUGGAAAUCAACGAAUUGAGCGUUUAUGUUCCAAGUCACCUAGAGAAAAGGACCAAUGAACACAUUCCCAUGGUUGAAGUGCUUUUUUAAAGGGAUGCUGAAGAGAAAUAUUAUGUCCAGUUACCUUUGUAUAUUGUGCCUCUGGAAUACUGAGCGGAUUAUUUAUAGCAUGAGCUAAUUAUUGUGAGCCAGAGAGGGUCUGCAAACAGAAAAUGGGCAUUGGAAGUGCCUUGAAAUAGCUUUCCAUGACGUCAUAAAUUUUUAUACGAUGUGUUGGGGAUUGGCUAAUUAUUCAUGUAUUAGGAAAAGUUACACUACACUUGAAAGUGAACAAUGAUUAAAACUGGCAAUAUUUUGAAAUGUUUUUCGUGUACAAAUGCACCAAAUAUGCAAAAACACUCAGAAAUCUAUGACAUCAGAUAGGUGCUAAGGUUUUGGUGCUUCAUUAAUAAAGAGGACUUUGGUGUUUAUUUUCUGCACUUAUAAUCAACCAUUUUAUGUUACAUAAAUGCAAAUAGAAUUUGGAAGAUUGCCUGCCUAACUGGUUUAAUGUUUCUUUUCAGGUUCCCUUUAGAUAUUACUCGCGUUUAACUAUAAUGAUACGAUUGUUAUGUACGCUUAGAAUUAUUAUUUUACUUUCCUCUUGGUGUAUUGUACUAACUUGAGUUCUUCAUAAGGAGGUGCACAAAAGAAUGUCUGGUGUACAUUAUUCCGGUGCUUUUUAUGGUAUACAGAUAUAGUUUGAGCACAUUGCUGUAGCAAAUAGAGCUUGCAUGAAUGGCCUGUUUUGAGACAUUCUGGAAGGGACACUAGAGGCAAAUAUGAAGCGUAGCCUAAAGGAUAGGUUGCGAUUUGAUAAUCACUCAGCUUUUCUUCUGCACGAAAAGGUUACCUAGUCAUUUAAUAAAUUGUGAUUAUAGACAGCAUAUAAAAUGACAAAAUGGGUGGUCACACAUUAUCCGCGCAUUGGCCUGUCAUAGGAUUUUGGAAAUUUGGGUGACUGGAUGCUGCAGCCUUUGGCCAGUCAGAAGGCUUAUAGCUCUGACAGAGUAAUGUGAAAGAGUAGAAUUGGUGUAUUUGGUGAGAAAUCCUUUAAAAUUAGCCAGAGUGCAUUUUCUUUUUGUUCAAACACAAUGUCACUAUCUUAUUUUGCUCGGUUGGCUACUAUAUACCAAUUAUAUAUUUAUAUGUGUACAGUCUAUGCCAUUGGGGAGAGGUUAUUUUGACAGAGGUGAUUGACCCUAUUCUAUGCUUGUCAUUUUCUUAAAAAGCAGUGUCCUCAAUAACGGUGACACCUUGGAGGUUUCAGAGUACUCGUCUAUAACUUUAGCUUGUCUUUUAAUAUUUGCCUUUAGUGUCUUUUAUAGCGGUGUGCUUAGAUAUAGUGUUAAUUUAUAGUCUGGACAUUUUCGCUUGAUAUAUUGAGGAAAUACUGUUUCACACCUUCCGUCCCUUUGACAGCCCUGGAAAAUUUCUUUGGGCGGUUUUGGCAAAGCCUGUGUUGACUGAGGUUGAAUGUUGUAUGCUUGUAGAUGUGCAACAUAGUUGAAAUUGACCAAAAGUUGUACAACUAAAUGUUUGGCAGAUGCUGCGCAUGUGAUUGUUACUCAAGUAAGAAGCCUCUGUUGGGGUCAGGUUUCACUUUCGGUUUUAUCUUUUUGUUGGUAAGAUGUAAAUAGUAUUUUAUAUAUGUUGAUAGUGUUAGAUGGCUACGUGUUCUGCUGUACAAUUUAUAGCCUUCUUGUACAUUCAAUAAAGUGUCAGUGGAAGCUCUUUGCCAUGUA